AUGGCUCUCUCCUGCUAUGUAUUCGCCGCUCGAAUCCUUGUGGUUGACACGUGUAUAUUGAUGUUACUGGUCGGCUGCACGCAUGCCGCCGAACCUACGGCAAAUACAAACAAAGCCGGCAGCGAAGUCGACACCAUCGCCUACAAGUACAUUGCAGAGGAGUCUGUUCUUAUGUAUUACGAGCACGGCGUCAAUAUUACCUGGCCAGUCUAUAAAGCAGCGACUAUCGAGCAAGGUGAAGGUGACGUCAUUUUAGGUGGCUUGUUCAUGGCCCAUGAACGCCACGAAGUCUACGUCUGUGGCAGCAUAUUAGAACAGCCCGGUAUCCAGGCAUUGGAGGCUAUGCUGUAUACGGUCGACCGUAUAAACAUGAACGACACCUUUCUACCUGGUUUUAGACUCGGAGUACAUGCUCUGGAUGACUGUGACAAAGACACAUACGGGCUUGAACAGUCCGUCGACUUUAUUCGAGGAUCCAUCAGUAACAUUGGCGGCACUGAGAUAACUUGCCGGGACAAUUCCAUCCCCGUAGUGAACUACAAACAGAUCACUGGCGUGGUGGGUGCGGCGUCCAGCAUUAAUUCCAUACAGACCGCAAACUUGCUAAAGCUGUUCAAAAUUCCGCAGAUUAGUUACUGGUCAACAAGUCCCGAUUUGAGUAAUAGGGAACGCUUCGAGUAUUUUUCCCGAACAGUUCCGUCUGACUUUUACCAAGCCGGGGCGAUGAUUGAAAUUAUUCUCCACUUCAACUGGACGUACAUUUCAAUUGUGCACGAGGAUUCCAACUACGGAGUACAGGGCAUAUCUGCGUUUACUGAGCUGGCCAGAGAAUAUGGCAUAUGUAUUGCACUGACUGAGAAGUUUCCAAAAGACCAGGGUCAAGGAAACGAAGACACGUACGACAAAAUUGUGAAGAAUUUGUUAGAGAAACAAAGCGCCAGAGUUGUCAUAGUGUAUGGAUCGGAGCAGGAUGCUGCUGGCCUCAUGGGAGCAGCCAAGAAAAUGAAAGGUCCUGGACACUUUGUAUGGGUGGGAAGUGAUGGAUGGAGUAAUAGACAACUGCCCGCAGAACAAGGCAAAGAGAGUAUACUAGAGGGCGCUAUUACGGUUCAACCAUUAGCAGAACCAAUUCAAGGUUUCGACGACUAUUUCCUAGGCCUAGAUCCAAACGACAACGAACGCAAUCCGUGGUUCCAAGAGUUCUGGGAAACGCAUUUCAAAUGCAUGCUUCCAAACUCAACAAUAACACCGAAUAAUGUUGGCUUUAGAGGCAAAGAAUGCACCGGUGACGAGAAGUUGCAAAAGGGGAAAGACUACGAACAGGACGGGCAGCUACAGUUCGUAGCGGACGCUGUGUUGGCGUUCGCGUACGCUCUUAAGGACAUGCACGCCGAUAAAUGCGGCGGUUUAGGGCUUUGCAAAAAAAUGCAACCAAUAAAAGGCAAUGAACUAUUGGAGUACUUACGGAAGGUGUCCUUCAGUGGAAUUACUGGUGACACCUUUGAGUUUAUGAAAGGAGGAGAUGGCCCGGCUAGGUAUAAAAUAAUGAACUACCAGCAAAAGCAACCAGGCAAAUACGGUUAUGUGGAUGCAGGUCAGUAUGCAGACCACACUCUUGAACUGGACCUGUCUGUCUUACAGUAUCGUUUGGAGGAACCCGACUAUCCCCAGUCUAUAUGCAGUCUACCUUGCGGUCCAGGAGAAAAAAUGUCAAUGAUAGAAGGGGAAAAAUGUUGUUGGGUUUGUGUGCCGUGUGGAAAAUAUGCUUAUCUUGAAGACGAUCUGACAUGCGCAGAGUGUCCUGACGGAACCCUGCCCAACGAGACUCUAACAGGAUGUUUUGAGAUCGAGGCUGUGCACAUGGAAUACAGCAGUGUAUGGGCUAUAUCUUCGAUAGCCUUCGCAACCAUCGGCAUUAUGCUGACUACUGCCACGGUAGUAUUAUUCAUCAGGUAUAACGACACACCCGUGGUGAAAGCAUCCGGGCGCGAACUAAGCUACGUACUAUUACUCGGCGUAUUCCUCUGUUUCUGCAUGACGUUUCUGAUGAUCACCAAACCAAAUGACAUUAUCUGCGGUGCUCAGAAAUUCAUGAUCGGCAUCGCCUUUGCCACCUGUUACGCUGCGCUCAUGAUUAAAACAAACCGAAUCGCGAGAAUUUUCAACAGCGGGAAAACCUCAGCGAAGAGACCGAGCUAUAUUAGUCCGCAAUCGCAGUUGGUUUUCACUGCCGUGCUGGUUAGUAUACAGGUGGUCAUAUCGUCAGCGUUCAUUGUAGCGUCACCUCCGAAAGCUAUACGUCACUACCCAACGAGGGAUGAAGCGCAACUUGUCUGCCGAGCCACAGUGGACACUUCGUAUAUGCUCGGACUUGCUUAUCCAAUAUUUCUGAUGGUUCUUUGUACUCUAUACGCCAUAAAAACUCGUAAAAUCCCGGAAGCAUUUAACGAAGCCAAGUUUAUUGGCUUCACUAUGUACACUACGUGUAUCAUAUGGCUAGCGUUUAUACCUAUUUACCUUACCACAGCCAAUAACAUACAAGUUCGAAUAACAACAACAUCAUUUGCCAUCAGUCUGAGUGGCUUUGUUGUAUUAGCGUGUCUUUUUUCACCAAAAGUCUACAUAGUUGUUUUCCGACCCGAACGAAAUAAACCCCAGUCAAAGAUGCUGACAAACAAGAGGAAAACGCCUCAGGCAAGGCCAAGUUCAUCCUGCAAUACGUCAUCAGGGGCAACUUGUACAGAAAGUAAGAGCAUGCUCUAA